GGUUCCUACGCGCCCUACAUGUGGAGAAAGUGAUGGGCGGAGGUGGGUGGGUGGCUUGCGUGGCGCCCGCAUUCCGCGCACGGACCGCCCCUGGCCGCCUCCGCCCGUCGCUGCCCUUCACCCACCCUACCCGACACAUUCCCACACGCCCAUGGUCCUUGCUUGGACGGCGUUCUCGCAUUCGCCGCCUCUCUCGACCCCUUGACAUUUGGGGGCAGAUUUGCUUCGUUAUCCAGCUAGGCUAGGUUACCUAGGGGUUGGCUGCACACCGCCCACGAUUAGCUACUACCUAAUCUCCCACAUUGGCGAAACUCAUGCUCUCCCACCCACCCUUGGGCGCACCCAGUCUUUUCCUUCAUUCCGCCCCUGAGACGUGUAGGAAGUACGUGAUGAACGAGGAGGAGUUUCUUCUGAAAUGGAACAACCACCAGACAAAUUUUGUAGAUGUUUUCAAUCACCUACUCAGAGAUGAUUCUUUUGUGGAUGUUACAUUGGUUUGUGGGGGAGAGGCUGUUCUCGGCCACAAGAUGGUGCUUGCUGCUUGCUCCCCCUUGUUGCACCGUAUCCUACGUGAUAACCCCUGCAAGCACCCAGUCCUCAUCCUCAGCGACGUCCCUGCUGAAGACAUGCGAGCGAUGAUGAAGUUUAUAUAUCAGGGAGAAGUGAGUGUCUCUCAGAGUGAAUUGGCCAGUUUUUUAAAGACUGCUGACAACCUCCAGAUUAAGGGGCUGGCAGAAGACAAAGAGAAAGACAAGGAACAUAAAUCGAAGGAAGAGAGAAAGAGGAAGGACAAGGAAGACAGGUCAGAAUGGCGUUCAAGCAACAAAAGACAGCGUCUGUCGGAUUCGCGAGCCACGGAAACGUGUUCGCCUCUUCUCUCAGGCUCAUUUAAAACAAUUAGUGAUUCUCACUCUAGUCAUAAAAGCAAGAGCAAGACUUCCAAUGAUGACCACUCAUCAAAGAGCAGUGGGGUUGGAGGAGUAAGUACUCUACACGUUCCAUCCUCCAAGCACGCAUCAUCAAAGACUUCCAGCUCAAAGAUCGUUGUUCAUGGCGUUCCCAACAAAGUUUUGAAUACUUGUUCUACGAAGGAAAAUUGCACUAUACAGACAAACUCCAGUAUCAGUAUGGAAGAGAAUAACUUACUGAAGGCCAAUUUGUCAGAGGAUUUAACCAUCAAAACAGAACCUUUGGACUAUCCAGGGGAAAUGGUUUGGACAGAGGGUCACGGUGCCAUUAACAGCGAUCUUCUGGAUGAUCCUCAACCCAUUAUGCCACUAGGUGCCAUAUCGGGAGCGCUUGAAAGUGUUGCUGUUGCUCUGACUGCUUCACCCAAUCUACCUGUUUUGGAAACAAAUGAAGAUGGUCGCUGUGAUGAGGAGAGUCGAGGAGAUAUGUCCACUGCCUCAGAUGACAUCAAUGCCAACACAACCGCAGGGGAAGUGGAAGAAGUUGAGGAUGAGACCACAACCACAGGGUCGCCCAGCAAGUUCCGAGGGGGGCGUAAAGCUUGCUGCUUCUGUGGCAAGACAUUCUGUGACAACUACACUUUAAGACGCCACAUGGUCACCCACUUGUCGAGGGAGCGUCAGUUUGAGUGUCCGAUGUGCAGUGCCGCAUACUCGCGCAAGGAUCACUUGAUGGCUCACAUUCGCCGCAAGCAUCCCAUUUCGGAUGAUGUGGAAAAAAUAGAGUAUAACACAGGGCAAGCAAGCUAAGUAUAGCACCGUAGUGUUUAUUAUAUCCUUUUAGUUGUUCAUAGAUAUUCAAGGUGUAGCGAUGUUCACAGUGAUUGUAGUAUUCCUAAUUCUUGUUAUUGUGAAUGUAUAUCCUUUGCCAUUCCAAGCUAUCAGGGCGAUACUGGUUUUUCAGUGUCACAAGAUGGAUAUUAGGAAAUAUAUUUGAAAAAUAUUGUAUAGGAACUAGAAAGUUUUUGUAGACAAAUUAAUAGGUUACCACAUUUAGAAGCUGAAAAAUAAACAUGACAGGGUAUAGAGUAUAUUUUACCAUCCGAUGCUACCAUGUUGUAAUGGGUGCUGGAGUGAGGGCAAUAUCUCGAGUACUCUGCAACGUAACACGCGCUUUGAAAUUGAAAUGCAGCAAUUUCCUUUCAUCCUAAGGAUGAUGUUCAGUAGUUGUCACUUUUGUUUUGGUACUUUUCCAUUUUGCACACUCGUGUAACAUAGGUGUGCGUGAACUGUUUAUGGCGUGUAACACGUAAACACAUGAAGCAUGAUACGUGCACACAGUUGUAAAUUGCUAUGCUACAUUUCACUGUCCUCCACUAUAGUGGAACUAUAAUGUACUACUUAUGUAGACUUAACAAUGACUAUCUUUUAAAAGAGAAAGACAACUAAGUGGCCUGCAGUUUCUAAAGAAUAGAAAAAAAAUUUAUUGUGUUAGGUUAUUUUUAUUCCAGUAAUCUACACAACUUUGCUGGGAAAACUAUUGUGAUAGCUUGCUUGGAAUGCUUCUAUAUAAAGUAUGUUUUUAAAUAGGUUUAGAACAAAUUCCAUGAUUCCCACUCUUCUCACUCUUCUCCUGCAAUAUCUGACAGAAAAUCCCAUAUCACAGUUUUGUACAUAGUGUAGAAUAAUGACCAUCAAUAUACCAGUGUUUCGAGAUUGAUAGUGAUGCUUAAGAGCCUAGUUUUCUACUGUGAGAUAUAUCAUAACCUAGAACAACAUCCAGUGUCUUGUGGUUUGUACCAAAGUCUUACUUGCCAUAGAGUAAUUUUUACAUACAGGUUAUUUAGGACCUUGAGAAAUGAAAAAUAGACUACCUUUUACUUUUUUGUUAUACCGUAAAACAGAAGUGGGUAGGUUUUAGUACAAUAUAAACCAAAAUAUAAUGAAGGUGUGAUGGGAAAAAUAUGCCUCGAUAAAGAUAAUGGUUUAGCCACAUAUGUCAUCAAUGUAGGUAUUUUCCUUGGUUUGUAUAAUGAGUAAGGGUACUUACAUUACAGUAAUAGGUUCCAGAUUUUCCUUUAACAGAACUUGAUUUUCCGGCACUGUUGUUUUUAAAUACAACCUCUUUCUUUUCAAUAAAAUACUUUGCCAGUUUUAUAGCUAUUGCUUGGAAACCUGCCAUUCAUUUGUUGCAUCAUCACAAGAAAGUGUUUCUUAUAAUAAUAAUAAGUAAAGUAAAAUAGUUCAAAGAUUUUUUUAAGGACAUGAAUGGAAGGGUGGUGAGUACAGUAUGUACUCAUUGCUAGAAUAUUUCUGUUUUUUUCCAGUAACUAAUAGUUAGUUGAUUUCCUUGGCCUCUUUCUUAAGAGCCACAAGAGGCAUUAUUCAACAUUAUUUGCCAAACAUGCAUGCUACAAAUAGCUGGAAGUUCUUUCACAUGUCAUUUGGUAACUAAAAAUACUUUCUCACCCAUAUUCAGAAAUUGUGUUAACUGAUAUACAAUAGUUUAUGAAAAAGUAAAAAAAAAUAUGCCCGUCAGCUACUUUUCUCCGAGAUAUUUUGUUAAACCUAAACAUUGGAUGUUUUCCACUUGAUUUUAGCAUUUGUGACCUCACUUGUCAAAUUUUGCAGAAUAUGAACUGGUUUGAUUAUGUGGAUUAAAGUCAGAAUUGACAGGAUUUCCAUCUCCAUGUUCUCAUCCUCAUACUCAUCCAACUUCCCAUGGCCUGCCACAGUCGUCCCUUUGCUCUCGUGUGCGAGUUGUUUAUAAGUAUUUUGCGUGUGUGUGUGUGUGUGUGUGUAUAUAAAAUUUUAAAGUUAGUAAAGGACUAUGUUACUAACUUUCAAGAAUUGUUCUUUCACAGGUAAAGAAACGUUUUUAUGUGUACCACCAUAUAAAUUUAUUAUUUUAUGAUUAUAUUUAAUUUGCGUGAUUUUCAGAUUAAUUAUGGUAAAUUACUAAGCUUUGAAUUUGUGUUUCAAUUAAAAUUUUCACCUAGGGCCUAUUGUCUAUCCAUUAGGCUUUUCUUGCCUUUUUGAAUUCCAUCAUUAACUUAACAUUCAUGUGAUGGACAGUGUUUGUAAAUCCAUUGUGGUAGUCAAUAUAGAUGCAAAAUCUAUUACAGUAUUACCAACAGUAGAAUAGAAACAUUAAAAGAUGGCAGGGUUAUUGUACCCAGAGAUUGUAGGGUCAUGCAUUCAGUUUAUAUAACUCCUUCCUAUUUUUUGGCCUUUUUGGGGGGGAGUAGAGCAUUAUAACUGACAUUAAUCACCUGAAACAAUUUCCCCACCGUAUGCUUAAAGACCACGGUUUUGGGUUUUAGAUUGUUAAGAGGAUGUGGACUUUGUUUAAAAAUGAUAUUAAAGGCCUACACUAUGGGCAACAUCCAGCAAAAUCUCCAUAUGUGAUUCAGAAGUGGCUAUGUUUUCCAGGAUUUGUGCUUUUUUCUGCCACAUUCUGCUGCAAAGAGCUUGUGGAUUUAUUUUUAACAUUUAAAUGAAAACGUGUGCUUUGUCUACUUUCCCUGAUAAUGUACCAGAAAUAUGUUAUCAUCGCACACACUCUAAACACCAUUAUAUCGUUGUUUUCCUCUCACCUUUCAUUGUUGGUCAUUUUAUAGAUGCCUUCUUGAUGUAGGGUCCUUUUUACAUUAGGCUGUUCUGGUGAUUGUUGCAAUGAUUUCAUUGUAACACUAGGAAUUCACCAUUAGUUAAUAACCCAAAACUUUAAUUGGCUGUCGACUGGUCAGUGUAGUGAACCGGAAAGGAACUGGAAAUGUUUUGUAGCAGUGAAGAAAAAUGAGAGACAUCUUAGUUUCUCUAUAUUGUAUUUAGUUUGUCAUUGCGUAACCUUUUUUGACACUGCAUUCAUUUGUGUAUAGUAAGGUUACUAGUAUUUGCCUUGUUCCAUUGGAAAUGCCUUUGACACAAAACGGCACACAUGACACUGCUGCCUUAGAGUUAUAAUAAUCAUAAAGUUUUGUAAAACAAUUGUCAUGAUACAUUAACAGCCUUUCAGUCUUACUUACUUUUAAUCUGAUGAAGUACAGUAGUAAAAAUGAGUUGCGUAAUGUAAUCAAGGAACCAUUCUUGAAUACCAUUUUGAUAGGAGCUCUUAGAAACUCAUUUCUGGACACAUUGGCCAAGCAGAUUUGAUGAAACACUUUAGUGGAAUAAGUAGUAGUGAGUCUGAUCUGAUGCUCUUUAGCAUUUUUUUUCCUUUUAUAUUCACAUUUAGAUAAAUUAUAAAGAAGUGUAUGUAUGUGUUUGCUUUAAAGCAAACUCACACACAUGACACUAUAUUUGCAUUGUCUGCAUAUGUUUGUGCAAGUAAAACAGUCUAUCUCAAUGCCUUAAACCACUACCUGGUCUUCAUAUUUUCAUACCAUAUUUGUAGACUUUACUCUUUUCUUGUGUCUGUAUGCUUGAUGUUUGUAAUCCGUAUAAUAAAUUAUUUACACUGUUGCAUUGCUCUGUUUUUCUCUUGCUUUGCCAAUUUUCUCCUAUCCUUACAAUUCUCUAAUAUUUUGUUUUGCUGUACUAUAGCUUAUAUUAUUUACAUACUUCACAUUUUAGCUAUGAUUUUUCACAUUAUUCUGAUUAUACGUACAGGCAGUCCUCGGUUAUGGGUGGGCUCGGUUAAUGGCAAUCCAGUUUUAUGGCGGUUGUCUAACGCCAUAAAAUUCAGCGGUUUAUGGCGCCAUAACGGACUGAAUUUUGGUUAUCGGCGCCAUAAGGUGCAGGUAAAAGAGUUAUGGCAUCAUAACAUACCUAAUAGAAGCACCAAAAGUGCCAUGAAUCACAGAGUUUCAAUUAGGGUGGGUUUUGCUUAUCAGCACCCCACCGAAUGCCCACAGAUAACCUGGGACUGCCUGCAUACAUAUUUCACAUUCUGUAUAUAUGUAUAUGUACUCAGUAUACUAAUUCACUAUUCAGAUUAAUGGAUAUACUUGUACAUACAAACUAUGCUUCUUUCUACACUUGUAGAUACAUAUAUGGUAUCUUCAGCUGAAUAUUUAUAUCCUAUAUGCUUUCAUAAACUCCAACUCAUUUAUUCUUUGGGUUAGGGUUUUCAGGCUUUUUUAAGAUUAUUAUUAAUGCAUUAGUUAAUAUGUACACAUAAAACUGUACUGAUAGUUAUGUAAAAAUAAAGAUCAUAGAAUGAAAUGGAGUAGUCAAAGAAUAAUUUGAAAAUAUGAUAUGAAUUGUAGAGAAGAUUCUUGUUGAAAUAGUAAUGGAAAUGCUUAAUCCUACAGUUCUUGAAGUUAACUAAAUAUGUUAGGUGUUAGUAUAAUGAUAUUGCUAGAUUGUGGAAAGGUGUUAGUAUUAUGAUAUUGCUAGAAUGUUCCACAAUAACCUGUGAAUUAACAAAUAUGAAUAUUGUACUGUAUUAGCUGAUGAUGAUGAACAUGAAUUCAGUAUUUUUGUGGCAAGUGAACAAAGUACAUUACAGUUUGGGACAUCCAUCCUCGGAUUUUAUUCAGAGCUUUAGCUUUCCAUCAAGGAUAUUACUUAGUAGAAAAUUUAGUCAAUGACGAUAUCCAAUGUAACUCGUAUUUAUUAGCUGUAAGCCUAAGAACAAGUAACAGGUUGCAAAAUGACAGCAUAUGUGUUCUUGGAUAUACAUUCCCUCACAAAUGAAGUACCAAAAGGUGAUAGGAUGAUAAGCACACUUGUGAAGCAUGAAAUAUGCCCUUGACCUGAGGUAAACCUACUGUUUUGGAUAUUUGACAUAUACGGCUUAACCCAGGCACUGAUUUCAGGAAGGCCACACUGCCAUGCUCUGCAUUUGGGUGUGUAGGAUGGUCAAGUAUCUUUCCUUUUCUCUCCUUUCAUGGGGGACUUUUGGGCUACAUAGUUACAUACACACACACAUACUAAGAAUAACUCAGUGUUUUUUCACCAUAAGCAAAUUAAUCAUAUGUAUGCCUGUAUUUGUUUCUCAAAAUGUUCUCAGGAUCACCAGUAUUUUGUCUUGAGAAAAGGGUCUCGCUCUUGGUCCUUAGGUAUUUCUAUACUAAUAUGCUCACUCUGUAGUCCUGCAGUGUUGUUCACAGCUCCAUAUUCACAGUCCUUAAGUGUGUGUACUGCAUAGAGGACUGUUAUUUAUGUUGAUUACUAAAUCGUUCUCCAUUUUUUUCUCAUAAAAUUAUUUAUUUCGGCUAUUUUUCUCACAAGUGCUCUUUGUAAGUAAGGUGAAUAUUUUUAUUUUUUGUGACACUAGAAAGUUAUCUAUUAAAACUCAGAAGUCAGUUCCCAUUAUCUCUGAAACCUUUUCUAUUUCUAUAACCUACCUAAGAAUAAAUAUACUAUAUUUUGCAGCUCUGUUUCUUGGUAAAUAUUUUGUGGGGCUUUCUGAGUGUACUUUUGUAGUAUUAACAAGUCGUUUGGUCAAUCUACAUGGAUUAAUUCAUUUUUCCUCCAAUUUUUUAUUCUUAAUUGGUGUCUCAAUUACAGAUGUUAAUGUCUCUAAUUUCACCUAUUUCUGAGUAGUCAGUUUUUGCUUGUAUUCUGAGAUCUGUUAAUUCCGUUGAAUAUAACUUUUUUCAGUAUAGUAGGAUUUUGUUACAAUGUUUCCUGGGAACAUUUCAGGUUGAAAUAUUGGCAUGUGAAUAAUGGGUCUGUGUGAAAAAAAGUUUAUUAUAAAACAUGAAUUUACAAGUUUUGGAUGUUAACCCUGUCCUCAACACUCCCUCUUUUACCCGGGGGUUUGUGGUGGUAUGAGGGGUGCUUCCUGUUUGCCCCCAACAUGAAGAUUAACUUUCAAAGCCUUGACGACAGGGCCCCCUAGGGCUUGAACUAAGUGUCUUCAGGUACGAGAAUCCACCACCCUUCUGACCUAACUAUCCGAGUCAUAUAAACUUGGUCAUAGAAAAAUCUCUUAAAUUAAAAUGUCAGUAGUUAAAAGUAGUUUCUGAAAUUAGGCCCAAAUUAUCAAACACAUGAGACAUUGUUUCAUUAAUCUAAAUUAUGCUAUGUUCUGUCCAUGUAAUUAUUUUUUUAAGAAGGGGUAUAGAAAUUCUUUGCCUGCCACUUUUGCCUACAGAAAAAAGAACAAUGGCCUCUCCUCUAGGUGUCUUGAAACUUGAGCCUUAUUGUAGAUGUUGCAAUAUUCUAGUUUUUGUUUGCAAAUUCCAAAAAAGUCCAGUCAAAUGAAGAAAUACAGGAACAUGUUUGUGCUGCUUAAAAUUUCAUUUACCCCACUGUCACUGUACUGAGCUGGUGACAUGAAGGUUCAGUUUGGGUCCUGAUCAUGUCUUGAUGGAAAAUUUUAUUAAAAAACUCUUGUAUACAUGUAAAUGCAUUGCAUGUAUAUAGUCAAUGUAUUUUUGCAGUUGCUGCACAUAUUGUGUGUAAUUUCUACCCACUUUAUUUUAGCCAAGAUGUUUAUGUCAAUGUCAAGGCUGGUUCUGUUAUGUGACCUCUACUUGUAAAAAUUGGGCUCGUGGGUUCUUCAUAUACUUCGUAUGUUAUAAUUUCCUAUUAUCUUAUUUUCAUGAUUCCUCAUCCAGUCCAUGAUUCCUCAUAGUGCCUCUCUGGCAUCCAUACUUAUGGAAUUAGGACCUUGGAAGAAGUGGAUGACGCUUGAAAAUACUGCUCUGGCUUAUUAGUAAAUGACAGUGAUGUAACUUGAAUUACUCAUUGUAUCUGUGAUAUUGGAUUACUGUGGUCCCUUGUGAAAUGGAUGCAAUUCAUUGUCCAGGGGAUGACAUUGCUUAUCAAGUACAAUAGAAUGCUUAGAAGAGAUAAAAAUAGGAGGAUAACAAAUAAAAAACAAACAAUUUCACAUCUGCUAUAUAUGCAGUUUUGAAAUUAAAACAGAUUUAGAGAAUGAAAGGUAGCAGGCUACAGGGUUACAAAGCAUGAAAAUACAAGUUAGAAGCUAAAAGCUAGAAAAUAAGCUACAAUAAAAAAAGACUUCCAGUACUAGACAUAGAGGCAAUUCAAGGUAGCAUAUGAAUGUUACAUACAAAGCUCUUUUCCCAGUUAAGUGGGGAUUUUGCUCCGAAAGAGAUACACUGGUAAUUAUGUCAAUAAAUUAACCCUCUUAUAGAGCAAAAGUAGUAUGAUUAUUUUCAGGCAAAUAUCCCAGGCAGGCUAAACAAUAUUAAAAAUGAAAGUCAUUACAAUUAGGCUUGAUGUUUUUUUGUGACCUCAGGCAUGAUGAUAAAAGAUAUGGUUUGGUUUCACUGCAUUUGGAAUGCACUUUGUGCUUUCAGUGCCUAGAUGGCCUAAGGCUUCUCUCAUAUGACAGUGAAUUGUGAUUUUCUUUUGCUGUAAAGACUGACAUUUCAUAUAAAAUUUUCAUUGUUUUUGUGGAGUUUCAAGUUUAUAUAGACAUUGAAUGCAUAACAGGAGGAACUAUAUAGUAGUUGUAUAUAUAUCGCUUAAUUCGACACACAAUGUCUUAUUCAUAUUUGUGCCUUGACAAACCUCUUAGCUUUACUCACUCCAACUACUUCAUAGAUUACUCUGAAGCUGAAUGUCUAAAUAAGGGUUAUGGCCUUUUUUUUUUUUUAUCAACAAAAACUGACUGUUUUCAGGUUUGGUACUUAAUUCCAGCAGUAGCAUAAAACUACAAAUCAUAGAACAGUUUGAAAUUUUGCAGCACUUACUGUGAUAGUCAGUAGUGAAAUUAGGUACCUGCACUGUAGGUAGACUGAGUAAAAAAAGUGAACUUCAUCCAGUAAGUAUGUGGUGUGUCAAGUUCUGUAUGACUGCUAGAGUGAAUUUGCAUAAGGCAUAAUAUUAUAAUAUGGACGGCUGUUGGCAGACAUGGUUGAAAAACCAAGAACCCUAAAUACCAUUAAAUUUAUUAAGGACUAAGGGCAGUAUUUAGUUAUUAUUAGUAGUACACUACCAAAUUCUAUUACAGACACUAACAGGAGUUUGCCUCGUGAGAGGGAAUGGCCAAUAAAACUGAGUGAUAUUUAGGGUUAUUGGAUAAUUUUCCAACCACAAUUGUUAAUGGUAAAGGUUUUGGGUUAUUAUGAAAUAACUCAUAGUUAUAGCUGAUGCUGCAGUUCUAAUGUAAAGGUCUUCAGUGCUGAAACUCAUGGAAGUCUUGGAUGAAUUGCUUUCAGAAGGAAAAUUCAGGCUUAUGAUAUUUAAGGUUUGGUGUACAGUAUAAUCUUAUUGUCUAGAGAUUAGAUACUCCUGCAGCAAGAUGAGCCAAUAGCAUUUUAGACUUGCAUUUCUUUGAGGCUGCUGUCUUGACAGGUUUCAAAUUCACACAAUUUUAAAACAGGUCAGUUUUUUUAUCGGUGGAAAUGUAGACAAUAUACAAGCCCACCAGAAAUGCCUUCUGCUAUGUAAUUGGGCCAUACUGCUAUAUGCUCAAGAAAUAUUUUCCUAUGAUAUUUGAAUACUGAUACUGUAGUGCUUUAUGAAAAAUUAUGAGACCUCUGUCAAAAGAUUCCAAAGAUACCUAUCACUUUAUAGUUCAUUCUCGUAUUCCUGGUUAUUUUCAUCUUUUGUGGUUUGGGAACAUCCAAGAAGAUGACAAACACAGUAGACUGAUGAUGCUACCAAGUGGCAUUUCAGUGCUAGGCUGCAAUCUACUGUUUUUGUUAUUUUGUCACUUAUUUUUACUUCGAGUUAGAUUACUAUGGUUAUCUGUGUGUCGUGUUUUCUUUCAUCUCAUUUUUAAUGUGUCGCAUUGAUAAAUGGACGUUUAAAAACCAUAUAUCAGACUUGUUGUACUUAUGGCAUUUUGCCAUGAAGGUAAAACAGAGCAAAGGAGGAUGACUUGUGGUAAGGAACCGAAAGAGUUUUCAUGUAUUAGUCGUUACAUGCAGUUUCCUUCCAUUUUUUAUUCUUUAAAUUGUAACAGGGAUAUGGACAUUUUAUCUUAGUAUCUGAAGUUUUGACAUUACCCUGUACUUGCUGUAAAAGACAGUAAAUACCACUUUUUAAAUAUUUUCAGUGAUAUUUUGGCUAUAGUUUCAUUGUAAGUUUUUGCAGUUUUAGGUUUGUAUGUAUCUUUGAUGGUUGGAUUAACAAAAUGUCAAUAUUCACUCCUUAUGUGUAUGUAUAUACUAUAUAUAUAUAUUAUAUAUGCUUGCAUUAUGUUUUUUUUAAUGUAGUACACAGGUAUGCUGUAUAUAAUGUCACAGAUUUUUUUGUUCACAGCAUAUAGUCAAUUAUAUAUGCAGAAAUUAUGAAAUAAUGACAAGCAUAAUGUAGUAUACAGAAUCAAAGUUCAAAAUACUAAACUAUGAAAUAUAAGUAAAAAAAACAUUGCAAAUUUGGAAUGUUACGAAUAUCCAAGAGUAUUCAUAUAUAUUAAAACAGCAGUUGUAGUUUUGAACAUUUUUUAAAUGCCAAGACAGUUUACACAAAAAAUACUUUUCUUGUUUAUGCACUUAAUCAGAUUUCAUUUAACAAAGAAUAAUAACAGAGCGCAAUAGGAAUUGAGAUUCAGUACUAGAUGUGGGGUCAGACCAAAACCCAGUCUUCUUGAUAAGCAGUUAUUAUAAUUAUCAUCAUUGUAAUAGUUGUGUAAAUAUCCUUAUCAUUAAGACCACGGUUAUAGUAAUGAUGACAGCCGUCACAAUCUACAUGGCAAGAGUGGAAACCUCUGUCAUAGGACUUCAGCCAUGUGUUCCAUAUUUUUCAUAUUUAUGAAACUGAGCAAUCUUCCUCAAAAAUUGAGCAUAAUUUUCCUAAUUUUUUUUUAGCAAUUUUUCAGUUUGCUUAAAUGCUCUGAAUCAUGCCUAAAAUAGUAGCAGUGUGUAUAAAUACAAAAAAAUUAAAUCAAUUCUCUCGUUCUUCAUAACAGGAAACAAAUGAGGAGCAUUAAAGUGACCCCAAAACUUCAUUGUUGGAUGUUAUUGCGAUAAAUAUUAAUACGUAGUAGUAAUGGACGUUACCUAUGCUUAAUUCCUACUGCCUCUUCAUGCUUAUUAUUUUCAAUAACUUUUUCAUCCAGUUGAAGGUGGUUAGUUAAGAGGGUGUUUUAUGUAUAAUUCUGUUGAAUUUUUUUUUUUUUGCAAAGUGCAUCGUUCUGGUUAAAUUAUUGGCAAAAUGCUUCAAGUCUGUAAAGGUAGCCAUAAAAAAAAAUCCAUCAUUAUAAUUUUGAUCAGUUGAAACCUGAUAAGAUGAGGAGCUACCUUUGUAUUGUGGUCAGGAAUUUGUGAACUCUGAUUUUGUAUAUUAUAUAUAUAUAUAUAUUUUUUUUUUUAUAUCUCAUUAGUGAAUACUAUACAAUAUCAUCAUCCCUGGUGGUGGGAGGGUAAUGUGAAUGUAGGUUUGUGUAUCAUAGUAAGAGCCAAUCUUUGAGAGCACUAAUGUCAAAUGUGAUGGUAGUAUUUUGCUGCAUUUAGCAUAAAAUCUUCAGUUUUCAGUAUACAGUCAUUUUCUUUUAUACUAGUAGAAAUUUUUUUUUUCUAAGGGUAGAUUUUGCAUUAUCGUCCAAAGUAGUGAGAUCUUGUAUGGUAUGUAAUUUCAUGUUGGAUUAUGAGUGGCUUUUGGGUCAGUAGGCCUCAUGUCUUGCUUGCAAUCUUGUUUGCCGUAACAUAUGGUUAGCAUAGCAAGUAUAUAUACUGGGAAAGCAAGUGUGUUCUUUGCACCAGCAAUGAGGUUCAUACCAGCUUCCCCCACUCUCCAAUGCAUACAACCAAUGCCACCCAUGCCAAGGUCAACAAGGCUGCAAACAAAACACAACAUCUACUGAAUUAUAAGGAAAAUAAAGAAGACUUAAUAAAACAAGUACAGCAGAAUACUGCUGUUGCAUUUAACAACAGUGCUCUACAAAAAGGGCUCAUACUACAGUAUACAAUAUGACUAUAUGUGCGAAAAUGUUGAGUACAUAAUAUAUGUACCUAUGGUAUUUCCAGUUUAUUAUCAAUCCAGCUUUUGAUUUACAAUGUUUAUCUGACUUUUGGAAGUGCUUACAGUAGAAGGUAACAGAACUCAUUUCACAUCUAACCAUGUCAAGGGGAAAUCUUAGGUAAUAUUGUUAAGGAUGAUGAUAAUAGAUGUGGGUGGGAUUUGAAUACGUGGUUACUUUCGAUUGCAGGCAAGCUGCAGUAUGUAACAAGUUUUCCUACUCAAAAUGAGAAUGCCUUAGGCAAGAUUUGAGGCCAAACGCUUUCACACCCAUACACACUUCUGUAGGUAUAACAAGCUUAUGAAUUUGUCACCAGUUCAGUGUAACAAAUCUUUUGACGCUUUCAAGUGCCCUACAUUGGAGUUUAUCCCAAGACUUUUCCACUUCCUUUGGGUAACUUUCUAUCCACAACCAUUGUAAGUAAGAUGUUGAAAUAAAUGGCAUAAAUGCCUUGUGUGUGCUAUGAAUGUUUCAGCUCAUGUGCACUAAAGUGCAGUUGUGAUUUCUGUCGCCAUUGCAUUGAAAAAUUGCAUAAGUAACUACUUCAAUAUGUACACUAAUGAAACAGACUUUGUUCAUUUAGAAUCUAUAUCAUUUUCCUGUGCUUGAAUACUGCAUUUUUCCUGAUGUUCAGUGAAUUUUUUGUUUGUUUUCAGUAUGGACAAGGACAUUUGCUAAGUUUAUGUUUCCUCACGAAAGGAAAAUUUUAAACUACAUAUGUAUGCGAUAUGAUUUAUAUUGUUAUGAAAUACUACUAUGUUAAGUUUUACCUGUUUUGAAUCUGAACUAGUGCCUCUGUAGUACAACUCAGUUCAUUUCUGAUGUGAUCCAGAGACCAUGUGAUUUUCUCACACUUGAUAUUGCAAUGAAUGGAACAAUUUUCCAUUAUUGUCUAGAUGCACAAAUGUUCCAUCAGUUUGUCUAUUGAGACCAAAUUUUCUUCCUGCUUGUUUUUUUUUAUUCAAGUGUAAUUGUGCCAUAAAGUCCUUCACAAAUUAAAUUGUAAUCAUAUUACAGUAAUUUGUUGAUAAACUUCGAUAUACCAGGCUUCAGUAAAUUUAACCUGGGAUGGCCAUAUGUAUGCAAUGAGGUAUGUGAAUGGUGUAUCUGUUAUGUAUUGGUUUAGCGAAUUAUAGAAUAUUGGAUCCUUUCGUUUGGUGCUAGCAAGUUCAAAGGGAUAAUGCAAAGAUUUGUGUCAACCAAAUUAUUUGACACUGUGCCAUACAAAAUAGUUUGUGAAACUUUUCUUUCUGAAGUUUCAGUUGAUAUCAAAUUUCAUUUGUACCUCUGCUCAUGAAAUACAUAUCUUGUUUUGUCAUUAGAUUAGGUUUUUAAAGGUUGCUCAGCAUGGUUGAACCAUUGUUCUCAAACACUGUUCAUUCACUGUGUUGUACUUUGCUUUUUUAAGGUUGAUGAAGUAUAGUCCUAACUAUAUGAAAGACCAUUGAGAGGAAUUUAUUAAGUCAAGGGUUUUUGUACAUGUAAUUUGUUCAUUUUUUCCUCUGCCUUCAUAUAUAUAGCUCACUUCAUUGUCAUAAGUGAAUUUCAAUCAUUUUGUUUUAGUAAAACUCCUUCAUUUUUAGCAGAUUUUUUUCCAUGGACAUAAAUUGUAUGGACAUAACAUUUGAAAUAUUUGAUUGAGAGUGAUUAUUUCUUCUGGGUUUUAGAAAGUGUUCAUAUAUCCAUAAGAUAUAAAAUAUGUACAUUAGAUCACAGUAAUUUUUAAUUUUUAUAUAUAGUGCAAUAUUCAUAAAAUUGUCCAUAGCCUUAUUUCCACAGAGCCAGUUAUUUUUAAAGUUAUUUAUCAAGUACUUUUUCAGGUAACCAGUUGUACUGAAACAUUAAGUACAUUUUAUUAAUUGAAUUUUAUUGUAUUGAUCUUAUAAGAUGGUACUUGAAUUGUAGUGGCAAAUAGUAAAUGUAACAAUAUGUACCGUACAGAGUUUUCAGUCAUUCUUUGUUUAUUGUGUUUUGGAUUAUGGUCCUAAGAAAACUAAUUUUGUUGACUGUCUUUAUUUGAAUUACCAAAAUAUUUAUUUUAAUAACAACUAAAUUUUUAAUCUGCAAAAGGUGAAUACAUGCAACUGCUGUUAGAGUACUGCUAUGUUUCUUUACUUCCUGGAUUUGCAGUUCAUUUCUGUUCUUGAUAGUUUGAUUUACUGAAGUACUGGAUAUGAGUAAUGUAAUAUUUUUUAUAAAGUGAAAAUGUGCAGAAUUAUGAAACCUACAUAAUGAAGUGCUAUUUUUUUAAGGAUGUUAUGGGAAGUGGACUUGAAUUUUCCUCACUGUCUUGUGUACGUAGUUCGAUCGCCUAGUUGGAAGUCAUUUGUUUGCAGCAUUUUAUCUUGAGGUUUUAGUCAUCUCUUUUCUCUCCUCUGGCCUCACUGUCUCCAAUUUUCUUUCCCCAUUUUUGGGGUAUCCUGUGUUUUCGAGUUUCCUCACAUGGAUUCGCAUGUGCUCUCAUUAAUCCAUUUAUUCCCUAUACUUUUUAAUGGCAAAAAGGUAAUUUUUCAUCCAGUUGAUACCCUUCUUUUCAAAUUUAGGUUUCUUGCCAAUGGAUGUUUUUUAUCCAUUAGUUCAGGGUUUAAUUUCAAGUUUCUAGAGCUACUGUUGUUGUAGCAAAAUCUCUUCCUUGCCCUUGUUUAGGGAAGUCUUCUCUAUAUUUACAGUUGCCAUUAUGUUUUGAAGUUUUUUUCCACUUUAUACUGUAUUACUGAAUUACAUAGGCUUCUUUGCUCUUAACAUUAUCUUUUAUGAUUGAGUGUGAUAUGGAAGUUUGGAGCGUAAGUUAGAAAUCAAGAGCCUGAUGUGUACCUGAUGCAUGUUGUUUAUUCCAAAGUUUUUUUUUUUUUUCUAAUGUAUAUGUACUUUUCUUGUAUCAUACCCUUGACAGAUAAUUAUACCCCACAAAGGACUUUCCACUUUUUGUGUAUGUUCAAUACUUAUGUAUGUUAGUAUUUUAGUUUCAAGUUACAGUAUGUUAUUUUGUGUUGUGCGUAUUGCCUAUACAGGCAGUCCCUGGCUUAGGAUGGGGGUUUCCGUUCUCGAGAUGCGUCGUAAGCCAAAAAUCACCGUAAGCUGGAAAAUUGUCAAAAAUCAAAAGAAAACCUUUUAAUGCUUAGGGUAUAUUUAAAACUUUGUAAAACUACAUUUUUAUUGUCUUUUUUCAUCAACAAACCUUCAAAUAUUGAUUAUUUUGUAUUUUUGGAGUCAUAUUUCUUCCGGAAAAUCGGCGUCGUUAACCUGGAAAUAAUUUCUGAUGAAUAUACUAAUUGAAAAGCGUUGUAACCUUGGAACGCCGUAUGCCGGGGACUGUCUGUAGUAUAUUUUAUGUCAAUUUUCCGUAUUUCUACACAUUUUCAUAAGCUUUGGCAUGAAAGUGCCUCUAGUCACUAGCUACCAAGUUUGUACAAAUGAGCCCUUUCACAAAACCAUGAGAUGAACAUUAGUGUUUGUAUGUACUGUAUACUGUUAAUGGAUGUUAUACUUUAGAUUUUAGAUUUAGCCUUUUUAGAGGAAGUUUUUUUUUCUUUUCAAUACUGCUACUACACUUCGGUGCUUGGAUCACUUCAAUUAUAAGUCCCGACUUAACAUCAUAACUUUGUACCUGUAGAAGCCCAUGUGACUAGAAUCUGUUAAGAUUCUUUUCGUUCAUUCAUUUUGGGGGUCAACCACUGCCACCUUUUUGCUUUAUCAGUUCUUCUUCUGGUGAUUCUCUUUUCUCAUUCAGUUCCUCUUUAAUCAGUGAAUUAAUCACAACUUUCAACCCUUGCUUUCCUUUGCUGUAAUUAAGCAAGACUGUGAAGCUUAAUCAACUGACUUGUGAUUUGGCAACUUUAUAUGGGCCUGGAGUGUUGGGGGACCAAUGUAUCUGUGCCUACAAAAGUGACCACUUAGCUAUAGUCAGUAGUCUACCUGGGUGUAUAAUUUUUGAAAGGAAUAAUUUUGAUGUUCAGCAUUGAAAAUAAUUUACGCAUUUCAGUACAUUUACUUUUUGUAAAUUGAUGUACAGAAAAAUAGUGAGAAAAUGGCCUUACGAUUUACGACACAACCUUCAAGAGUAGGUGCGCAAUCCUCGUCACUUCCUUCCCUCUUCCUUUAGACUACUGACUUUAUCUUUGAUCGUCAUCCUAUUACCCUCAGGUCCUCCUAUGCUCUUGUGCUCAGGGAUGUACAUUUCUUUUUGGACAUAUUUAUGAAUUGUACAGAAGGUGUAUCUUUUAUGUCAUGAUAUUUAUGAGUUGUACAGAUGUAAUUCUGUGUGUAAGGUGUCAUUAUAAUUAUUAGUUGUAUGGUUUCGUGUUACCAGAUUGUAAUGUAGCUUGAUCAAGCUCAUGUACCUUUCAAUCUUUUGUACUGUCAAUACACUAUACUUUGUAAUCUAAGCUUUCUAUGUAAUAAAGUUUCAACAGGGAAUCCAGA